GAUUAUUCCUGUGGUGCCAAACAUAUAAAUACGGAAGACUUUAAAACAACAAUCACAAAACAAAGGAGCUAGAAAAUCGGGCAACUGCUUCGCAUUUGGCAAAGAAAGUAGCAACUUUUCAAGAGAACAAUUAUGUUUAUCAAGAUAAUCACACUGCUGCUUUUGUUCGGGUCGUGUUCUGGUGGCCUUGUGCGGCAAGAAAGUCUUGCAAAGAGAUUAUGUCGCGCAGAUUUUAUUUUUAAAUUUCAAGUUGUAUCUAAAAUAAAGAAAGUUGGAUGUGCAGGUUCUGACUUGCUAACAGAUUGUGGAUUCCUUCCACUACUGCCAAAAAACAUACCAAUAUUAGAGCCAUCAACCAAAGCAACAACAGAGCCGUCAACGAGAGCAACAACAAAGCCGUCAACCAAAGCAGCAACAAAGCCGUCAACGAAAGCAACAACAAAGCCGUCAACGAGAGCAACAACAAAGCCGCCAACGAAAGCAACAACAGAGCCGUCAACGAAAGCAACAACAAAGCCGUCAACGAAAGCAACAACAAAGCCGUCAACCAAAGCAACAACAGAGCCGUCAACCAAAGCAACAUCAGAGCCGUCAACCAAAGCAACAACAGAGCCGUCAACGAAAGCAACAACAAAGCCGUCAACGAAAGCAACAUCAGAGCCGCCAACCAAAGCAACAAAAAAGCCGUCAACCAAAGCAACAACAGAGCCGUCAACCAAAGCAACAUUAGAGCCGUCAACCAAAGCAACAACAAAGCCGUCAACCAAAGCAACAACAAAGCCGUCAACCAAAGCGAAAACAAAGCCGUCAACCAAAGCAACAUCAGAGCCAUCAACGAAAGCAACAACAAAGCCGUCAACGAAAGCAACAACAAAGCCUUCAACCAAAGCAACAUCAGAGCCGUCAACGAAAGCAACAACAAAGCCGUCAACCAAAACGACAGCAGAAUCACCAUCGUUGUCAAAUAGAGCAAAAUAUGCUACAACCACAGAAACCGUUAAACGAACCAACAACGCCAUCACUAAUACAGCACACACUUUGUCAAUAUCAAAUGAAAUCACCGCCAUCAACACUACAUCUGCAAACAGCAAAAUUCCACAAAAUCUAAGCACAAUUUCUUUGAAGAAAAGCAGGAAGAAAAGAUGCUACGCCUUUCGCCAACAAAACAUCGUUUUUCAAGGAAAUGAUGUUUACAAAGGGAAAGAUGAAUUGAAGAGGAUGAAAUGCGUAAAAGUGCUGCAGGAAAACAUGUUUUACAGUUUUGUUCGUUUGGGUUUAAACUUUGAAACUGAAUUGAGGAACGGAACCUAUCUUUUUGUUGGCCGAAGAACGGGACACGUAUUUCUCAAAAAUCCUGCUACUGUUAUGCCAUGGAACAAAAGUCUCGAAAGAAAGAUAGCGGACGCUACAAAAAAUUGUAAAGCUAACGACAUAUAGCAUGGAGCGAGUUUCAUCAUUGGACGAGACAAUGUUGGGAGAUUGUUGCACAGAAUGAUGCACUGUUUGCAUUCAACAAUAAACACAACUCAAACAUUGAAAUUAAUCUGCGCUUCACAUUUUAACACUUUGCAUGUCGUUUUUUUGUUUUAUGACUGUAUAUACACGAUUUACAAAAACUGAAUAAAAUACAUUGAUAAAUUCGUCCUCUAA